AUUGUCCCACAUAAACGAGAAACGCAAUUGAAAGUUGAUCCAGAGAUCAUCUCAGACCACUUAUCUGUUAUUUCAAUUAAAACCCAGCCAAUUGAGAUGCUUCAGCAAAUGAGCUUGUUACACACUGGUCAGAACCUGCAGGCUCUUCGUACGGCAUCAAUAGCACAUCCAGAAUCAUUUGUAAAAUCUGAGAAGGGAGUACAUGUCAGUUUUAACAAAGGCAUGUCUUUUAGAAGAGGUUCUUUGGACAACUAUGGGAGAUUAGAUGUAAAACGAAAAGAGGUCCUUGCUAGAAACUCCUUCACAAAUUUGUUCAACCCUGAAAUUUCAAAAGUAGAACUUUUGAAAGAUGUGAAUGAUAAAAGGGAAUUAAUUAUACGUCUGGUAGCCCAUGAUGUGCCAGCAGAUCGAGAACGUGCUGAUGAGGAUGACGAUGAAGACGAAGAUGAGGAAUCAGACGCGGUAGAAAAUGUUAACCAAGACGAGGAAAUAAUACAUGAAGAUGUUGGUCUCUUUGAUAUAGGAAAUGAAGAAGAACCUCUGAUUUCCGUGAGCACCAACAAUGUUAGAAAUGGUUUUGCAGGGGAUAAUUUUCAGCCCUCAUCACUGAAAAAAAGAGACAGCAUAGCAGAUAAAACAGCUAAUGACUUAUCAGUUGAGAAACUGCGUUACAAUAAUGCACAAUAUGAGAAAAAACAAAGUUUUGAGGCUUUCAUAGAACUUCUACACCAGAGAGGACAGUGGGAAUCUACAAAUGAACUGACAAUACAACAUAUCAAGGAUUUCCUGCGUGAAGAUCCAACCAAUGUUAAUUUUCAUGCAGCAGGAAAUAGUCAAGGAAGAUCUUCAGAAGGUCACAAUUCACAUCCACCACAGGGAAAGAAGUUAUGGCCAAAAGAAUUCUGUCAUGUACACUUUGACUCUACAGCAUUAUUGUCUUCUCUAGGGCUUACUGACAUGACUGUGCUUGAACUAGAGAGACGGAGAACUCAGCGUCAAUCAAAGCAAUAGCUAGAGAAACAGACAAACUUCCUCAAAGGUAUCGUUGAUGAAUGAGAUAUGACACAGCUGUCUAAUAUCAUUAUCAACAUUUUUAUUUUUUUUCUACAAGUUUCGUGUCAACAAGAAUGCAGUGGAAUACAAAAU